AAGGGAUAUAGGACACAUGGGUUACGUGCGCAUAGAGGGAGGAGUCAUCUGUGCUUGUUGCCAUUUAAUUGGCUGUUAGCUCACACUGAGUUGUAUAGUUAUCAGUAAUUAUAUUCAGCAUGUUUUGCACAAGAAAUGUCAUCCAGAAAGGGCAAUCUUCUUCCACCGUCAAAUUAUACCACAAAGAUGUCAUGCUCCGAUAGUCCAUCUGGAAAUUCGUUUCUGGUCGACUCCUUGAUCCAUGGAAGGGCCGAUGGAAGUGGGCACUACUACCAAAACAGCGGAGUCUACUUGCAGCCUACCUCCGAAUAUUCUUACGGACUAUCUAGCUGUGGCUAUUUUCCUGGACUCAAACGGAGUGAGAACAAUUCUCAAAAUGUAAUACCUGCAUGUGGCCCAUAUCAAGGCAUGGAAGCAUGGCUGGAGACGUCUAGGUCCUGUCGCAUCGAACAGCCAAACAACCAAAUUACCCCACGGUCGUUCUCGCCCACCAUUAAAGAGGAAAACUCUUACUGCUUAUACGAGUCUGAGAAGUGCUCAAAAGACACAGUUACAGAUGAUAUAUCGUACUCGCGACUGACACCAAACUCAUGCCCAUCCAGCAACAAUAACGGCUGUGUUCCGGUGCCUGGUUACUUCCGCCUAUCUCAGACAUGCACCACGUCUAAAGGUUUUCCAGACAACCAGUCUAUUUCGCCUCACGUUGCUCCUCAAGGUACUACUCGAUUUGACAGCUCUCUUUCAGCCAUACCAGCAGAAACGAGCAGGGAAGAGAGCGACGAGCCCUCCUCAUGCGCACCAUGCGCCCCGGGAAGAAACAAGGAGCUAAGGGGGUCCACCGGCACCGCUUCAUCUCCCGAACCACCGGACAGUCCAGAAAAGACGAUACAUGUUACUAAAGCAGGAGAUUCCAAAAAUGACAAUACGGCAAACUGGCUGACAGCGAAGAGUGGCCGUAAGAAGCGUUGCCCCUACACCAAACAUCAGACUCUAGAGCUGGAGAAAGAGUUCCUCUUCAACAUGUACUUGACACGAGAGCGUCGCCUGGAGAUCAGCCGCAGCGUUCACCUCACGGACAGACAAGUCAAAAUAUGGUUUCAGAACCGUCGAAUGAAGCUGAAGAAGAUGAGUCGAGAAAACCGAAUCCGAGAGCUGUCGACCAACUUCAGUUUUUCAUGAAGCCUCUGGUUCCAGAUCUCUGGCGCCCUCCACCAUCAGCUGCAGUGGCAGUCUCUGUAGGAGGUGGUGUGUGUGUGUGUGUGUGUGUGUGUGUGUGUGUGUGUGUGUGUGUGUGUGUGUGUGUGUGUGUGUGUGUGCAUAUGUGACUUGUGCAAGAUACUAUUGAUAACUUAUUGUGUCUCGUAUACUGUUGAAGUUUUUAUCUGUUUAUGUAAAAAUUUAUUUGACAUCCCUGUCGUCAUAACAUGUCAUGGUUAUUUAUAAACUGUCAAGGGUUUACUGUCACUGUAAAAGUAAGCGAGGGAAAUAUCGAAUGCUGAAGGUGUUUAUUGGAAAUUGUUGUAAAUAGCAUUCAGAAAAUAUUGUACAUUUAUUGUAUAUAACUGCGAUAUUUGCAUGUUGUAAUAAUAACUAUAAUGAAACCAUUUGAAAAAAAAAAAAAAAGAUUAUUAUUAAUAAUACUUUUCUUCUUAAGUAUGAAAUAGUCAUGUAUUUGCUGUUCUAGGCAUAAGUGGAAAAGUCCGGUUCUUAAAAUGUAGAAAUGUGUGUAGUUAUAAACACGAUGCUUCAUACUUUAUUUUAACAGCAUUUAAAGGCAAAACCUGUCUGAAGACACAGGUCGAAACGUGAUGGACUCCUCUGCAAAUUCACUAUAGAACUAAAUAAAGGCAUGUACAUAAAAAGUCGUUAUAGCCUACUUUUAACACUAAUUCUUGUUAUUUGAAACACUCUUGAUUUCCGGAGAGUUUGGGGAAGUAUCGAUUGUCAUUUUGCUGAUUGUAAAAGUAAAUUAUUUAUUUUAUCCUCUACAAAGUCUACCCCAGUUUUACUUAAAGGGUCAUGAUAAAAUCAUCAUUCCAAUCAUUGUUUUCCCAAUUACCCAAUUCUAGUCCUGUCAUUUCUAAUUUGAUCCGAUGGACAUUGCAGUACAUAUUCUUUAAUAGCAAACAAAUUAUGUAUAGAUGACGAAAAUCACUGUCAUAAGAAAACGUUGGUAAAAUCACAGGUCAGA